AUGUCAACGUCGACGGAUAGAAAUAUCAACAUCAUAAAGCGGCGAAAUUCAGCCCUGAGACAAGCUCUUAGGGUGUCAAAUGAGUAUUCCCUGUCCGAUGAUGAAACUUCGACGAAAGGUGAUGGCAAAUCAUCAAAACGACGCGGCAAACUUACUUCGAGACCCACGUUGGAAGGUGAAUUUGAGCAAGGCAAAACGGAAGCAACUCCAGAGGAAGUCAAUGUGCUAGUUUCGUCGAUUAACAAAAGAAAACCUCUUCGAAAACCCCAAGAUGAAUUCGUAUCUAAGUAUCGCGAUGUUAAACUUCGUGAAACGUCCCUGAGUAUUUUAGACUCUGAAGAGUUUAAAAGUCUGGAUUAUUAUGGAUGCUAUAUCAUCUUUUGGAUGGCUACUGGGUACUUAAUCUUUGCUCAAUUGAUGCAUUUUUCGUUUGAAAACCACGAACUGCCAUGGUCCUGGCCAAUUGUGCAAACAUUCCGCAAGGACAUUUUCAAGGUCGCUCUAACUGACUUGGCCAUGUACUUGAUGACAUACAUGGCUUACAUAGUUCAGAGGUUAGUGAAAGCUGGUUGGAUUAAAUGGCAACCAACUGGAUGGGCAUUCAUGUUAGUCUAUGAAAUCGUGUACUACACAUUUUGGCUUUAUUUUGCACUGGACAAGUGGAUGGGUUUUCCCUGGAUUGCAAAGAUUUAUUUGUGCUUGCAUGGUCUUGUAUUUUGGAUGAAAAUGUACAGUUAUCAUACUUACAAUGGCUACCUUUGGACUAUAUCUCGAGAACUUUCUUUCUCCCAAUCGUGUCUUAAGACUAUGGACGAAAAAAUUGAAAGUGGUGAGCUCACCGUAUCGAAGAAUGCAGACCCUUCGGAUCCCCACUCCGUUCAAAACAUCCGUCAAGACUUGAUUGACUCUGUUUCUUUUUGUAAGUUUGAGCUCGGGUAUCAAGCUCUGGCAACUGUUAUCACUGACAAUACGGCUGGAGUGUAUGAAGAUGUGGUGACGAAAAUCAAGGAAGGGAAACAUAGCGCAAUUGAAUUCCCCAAUAAUAUCACGGUAAAGAACUUUUUUGACUACCUGAUGUACCCCACUGUGGUAUACACGUUAAAUUUCCCCAGAACAAAACGCAUUCGUUGGUCCUUUUUCUUUGGAAAAGUAUGUGGUGUGUUUGGAGUGAUUGCUUUGAUGAUCAUAGUUGCUCAAAAUAACAUGUAUCCUCUUGUUUUUGAUGCGCUUAAAGCUCACACAUUACCGAUACAUGAGAGAGCUAUCGCAUUUGGACUUAUCGUUUUGGACAUGAUACCACCCAUGUUGAUUCAAUACGUGUUUGUGUUCUUUUUGAUUUGGGAUCUCAUCCUAAAUGCCUUGGCCGAAAUCACUAGAUACGCUGACAGGGAUUUUUAUGGUCCUUGGUGGUCUUGUAAUGAUUUCAGUGAUUUUGCACGCUUGUGGAAUAAACCCAUCCAUAACUUUUUGUUAAGACAUGUCUACCACUCUCUGAUAGCGACAUUACAAGCCACUAAAGCUCAAGCUGGAUUCAUCACCUUCCUUUUACUGUCUGUUUUUCAUGAGUUGGUUAUGUACAUCAUCUUCCAUAAAUUUCGUGGAUAUCUUUUCAUGUUUCAAAUGUUUCAGAUUCCCUUGGUACUUUUUGCAAAGCUGCCAUUCAUGAAGCGGUCAAGGGCAGCGGGAAUUACUUUGUGUUGGCUUGGAUUCAUGAUAGGACCAGCCUUGAUCAUGGUCUUAUACUUGGUCUUUUAA